AUGACAUCUCGGGCCCUAGCUGUGGCGUUGCUGAGGGGGGCGUUCCGCGGAUUCAGGGCUAAGACGAUCACGAAGCUCUUCGCCACCAAGGCUCGGUAUUGCCACCUCGUCAAGCUCACGAUGAAUGGACAGAUGCGCUACGUCUACCUCGUCGGCGACGUGGCAUGCCAGGUUCAGCCGUUGGCGAGCACUUCGGCUGCAUGCCAGGCACUUGCAUUGAUGGAGUCUGGGUCGGCUUCGCUGUCGGAGAGCACGUUCAGCCACAAAGUGAGGAUCACGGACGCGGACGGCCACAGGUCGAACAGAGCUGGAGAACGCAUAUUGGACCGCAAGCGUGAGCCUGGAUGGGUUCGUCUUUUCUACCAGUGCCAAGCUCACUCUAUAGUGCGGGCACACAACAUUGCCAUGAAGCACGUCGACGUUGGCAUCAAGGGGGUGAUCCACCUAUCGCUGUGCUUCAGAGUAGCGGGGAGCAAGCAUUCCUUUAACACUCAUCUUUGGAAGGAGGUCCACCGCCGACUCAGGGUCCGAGAAGGCAGCCCAUCAAAUGACGACGUUAUCUACAACCAUGUCGUGCUCAAGUCGUUCGUUUCUGGAGACGGCCAGAAGACCCGCAGGCGCGUGUUAUUCACUCUCUUGCCCAGCAGCUCCAUGGCCGACACGCGCGAGAUCACCAUAUGGGUUGAUUCUGCAGCUGGCCUGGACGAAGACGUUUUGAAAACAUCGGUUGCAGAUUCAAUGGUAGACGCAUUGAUGCCGCGUGCCCUGAGAGUGCUGAUCAGGAGCAAGUGGGGCACCAGUGAGUCGGCGAUCUGCGACGCGGGCCUCAUCGAGAUGUGUCAUGGGCUUUUGGGCCCAGCAUUCACGUCAUGGUGCAGGUCGUUCGGAAGGGGGCGGUCGAAGCAGCAUGCGUUGGCGGCCCUGGUUGACGGUCGCGUGGACGACGUUGGCGCCGACGAGUGCGAGGACGACGAUAUGGGCGCCCACGAGGGCGCGGGUGGCGAUGCGGAGGCCGCUGGCGCUGGCAGCCGCCGAGAGAGGCUCAACAAGCAUAUGGCGUUCGCGAUGGGGACAGUCGGCAUUAACAGAUCGUUCCCUGUCACGGUUCUUGCCGACGGCGUCUUGGAGACCAGGUGCUUCGAGAAGAUGAUGCUGCUACUGUUCACCCCAGCGGCCUGGCACUUGAUCAGGCCAGAGGAAGUCAAGAACAGAAACACGUCGCUCGCCUUCAUCAUGAUAUCCGACGCUCUCGCCACCAUAACCCAGGAGGUUGCAUUGGUGAACCAAGGGUUUCCCACGCGACUGUUUCAGCUCUUCCAGCAGCCCGAGCUGGGGCCAACGAUGGAGGCCGCCCCCGACUGCAUGAAGGACGCGUUCACGAAGGAGCUGCAAUCAUCAUGUCGGUUGGGGGGCGAGGAGUGUUUGAUGCGCUUGGCGGCUAUGGCCAUGCUGAUCCAAGGCAACACCGUCCCCAACGAGGUCUUCAACGCCCAGAUGCGGAAGAUCGUCAAGUCUAGAACGCAGUGCCCCCAGUUCAAGGCGGUUGACCUGUCGACAGCUUGCGUGGGCGUGCACAGCCGCGCCAAAACUGAGGAUGUCACCCGCCCACGUCACGGGCCAGUUCACGAGCCGCGUGCUGGCGGAGGUUCUGGGGCACAUGCAGCUGAGCGCCGAAGGUACCAGCACGAGCAUCAUACAGGCGCUUGGGGCGUUUUUCAACAUGAGCAGGGCAUCAAUGACAUGAGGGAGGUGUCGGCGCGGUACCGCGCGUUGCCCCCUGCUGAGCGGGCGCGCCUGGCGGAAGAAGGUCGGAGAGCUGCCGCGAGGGCCCGUGACGGCUUCCGCGCCCUCCCGCCAACCCAGCGGCAAGUGGGCAUGCAUCGCAACGCCAGGCUUGCGACUACAGCCAUUGAGAGGUUUGCUGGCCGUGACCCCGAUGACACAGUCGACUUCCUGAUCCGUGAGUGCGGGGCUUCAGGAACGAGCUUGAAGGAUACCUUGUCCACGGUAGCGUCUUAUCGGAGGGGCUUGGCUCGCCAUCAGCGCCUCCAGGAAGAAGCAGACAAUCAACUUCUCGAGUUGUAUCGGGAUGAUGAGUCGAGAAGGGUCGUCCCCGAGCUGGUGCAUGCGAUCCCAUCGCUGGGGCCCGUGAGAGGGGUUCUCAGGUGUUUGCCGCCUGUUCUUGGAGCAGCCGUGGUUGAGCGAGACGCGUCGAGCUCCGCUGACGACGUUGCCUUGCUCGAGGAGGCGGCCCACGGAAUGUCCGUCACGCAUCAGUCCAAUGUGCAGCAGGCCGCUGAGAUGAUGUGGAACCACAUGCACCGAUUGCUACCUGACGAUCCUGAACUGUCAUCCCUUGGUGAUUCCGCUGAUGACCCAGCAGAGCAGUUCAAGGACGGAGAGUGCCUGCGCUACGGCAUGUGCGUGUGCGGUGCGGUGCACGACGGCUUGCGAGCGUUGCGCCGCAAGGUGUUCCAGGCUACGAAGAUGACGUUCAGCAAGGCCAGCCCGCAGACGAGAGGGCUCCUGGUUGGCCGCAGGGUCAUCGCCCGCUUCAUCUGGCUGGCGGACGAUAGCGACGAGGACGAACUCAUGAAUGAUCUUGAUUUGGAGCCACUCUAUUGGCAUUUGUCGGGCGUGAAGUUUUCGCCGUACGAGCUCAUGAUGCAGCCCAUGACGCCCGCGUCGCCUGCUGAGCGGCACGACGCGUGCGCUACGGACGACGAGCACUGCUUGAAGGGUUGUGGGCUGAGCCCGCCGACGUUCAUCGCGCUGGCCUCCGUCCCGCUGCAGCUGAGGAUCAUGCUUGAUUUUCUGAUUGUGGAGGUCCACGACCGCGAGCGGCUGGCCUUCGUUCCAGCGGUUGUGAUUGCAGAGGAGCUCGCAGGCGUGGACCCGUUUCAGGUCUGGCCAGCCGCGGCGAGGCGGCGGGCCGCGGUGGGCGCGCAGGCGUGGCGCCUGGACGAGGACGUGGUCGAGGCCGUAUCCACCUUCUUCUCCAAACACCCACCCACUGGAGAUGAUGAGGAGUAG